GCCUGGAGCGCGGGCCGGGCCCCCGGAGCCGCCGGCAUGACGGGCCGCGUGUGCCGCGGGUGCGGCGGCACCGACAUCGAGCUGGACGCGGCGCGCGGCGAUGCCGUGUGCACCGGCUGCGGCUCAGUGCUCGAGGACAACAUCAUCGUGUCCGAGGUGCAGUUCGUGGAGAACAGCGGCGGCGGCUCGUCGGCCGUGGGCCAGUUCGUGUCCCUGGACGGUGCUGGCAAAACCCCAACCCUGGGCGGCGGCUUCCAUGUGAACCUGGGAAAGGAGUCACGAGCACAGACCCUGCAGAACGGGAGGCGUCAGAUCCACCACCUGGGGAACCAGCUGCAGCUGAACCAGCACUGCCUGGACACCGCGUUCAACUUCUUCAAGAUGGCCGUGAGCAAGCACCUGACUCGGGGCCGGAGGAUGGCGCACGUGGUCGCCGCCUGCCUGUACCUCGUGUGCCGCACGGAGGGGACCCCGCACAUGCUCCUCGACCUCAGCGACCUGCUCCAGGUGAACGUUUACGUGCUGGGCAAGACGUUCCUCCUCCUGGCAAGAGAGCUCUGCAUCAACGCACCGGCCAUAGACCCCUGCCUGUACAUCCCACGCUUUGCCCACCUGCUGGAGUUCGGCGAAAAGAACCACGAGGUGUCCAUGACGGCCAUGAGGCUGCUGCAGAGGAUGAAGAGGGACUGGAUGCACACGGGCCGCCGCCCCUCGGGACUCUGCGGGGCAGCACUUCUGGUUGCAGCCAGGAUGCAUGAUUUCCGGAGAACUGUCAAGGAGGUCAUUAGCGUGGUCAAGGUGUGCGAGUCCACUCUGCGCAAGAGGCUCACGGAGUUCGAGGACACGCCCACCAGUCAGCUGACCGUGGACGAGUUUAUGAAGAUUGACUUGGAGGAGGAGUGCGACCCCCCAUCCUACACGGCUGGCCAGAGGAAGCUGCGGCUGAAGCAGCUUGAACAAGUCCUGUCGAAACAGCUGGAGGACGUGGAAGGUGAGAUAACCACCUACCAGGACGCCAUUGAAAUUGAGCUAGAAAACAGCCGGCCCAAGGCCAAGGGGGCGCUCGCCAGCCUGACGAAGGACGGCUCCGUUGAGGACAGCACGUCCAGCUUGUUCGGAGAGGAGGACACCGAGGACGAGGAGCUGGAGGCCGCGGCCAGCCACCUGAACAAAGACUUCUACCAGGAGCUGUUAGGAGGCGGCGUCUCUGGCGGCGCGGAGGCGGCGGGGGGCCCCGCGGAGGGCGGCAGGCCCCCUGCGCUGGAGUCCCUGCUCGGGCCUCUGCCCACGGCGGCCAGCCUGGGCAUCUCGGACUCCAUCCGGGAAUGCAUCUCCUCCCCGAACCGCGAGCCCAAGGAUGCCUGUGGGGACGGGGAGCUGGACCUGAGUGGCAUCGAUGACCUCGAGAUCGACCGGUACAUCCUGAAUGAGGCGGAAGCCCGCGUGAAGGCCGAGCUCUGGAUGCGGGAGAACGCUGAGUACCUGCGGGAGCAGAAGGAGAAAGAAGCGAGAAUCGCGAAGGAGAGGGAGCUGGGCAUCUACAAGGAGCACAAGCCCAAGAAGUCCUGCAAGCGCCGGGAGCCGAUCCAGGCCAGCACGGCCGGGGAGGCCAUCGAGAAGAUGCUGGAGCAGAAGAAAAUCUCCAGCAAGAUCAACUACAGCGUGCUGCGGGGCCUGGACAGCGGGGGCGGCCCGCCCGGGGAGGAUGGCCCCCCGCCCCGGGAGCAUGGCCCCCCGCCCGGGGAGGACACAGCCUCCCAGGGGGAGGCCGCCCGGCCCACAGAGCGGACCAGUGCCCGGAGGCUGUCCCGGCGGAAGACGCCCUCCAGGAGAAGCCGGCCAGACCCCUCGACCAGCGUGGGCAAGAGGUUGAGGCCGAUGGUGUCGACGCAGCCGGCAAAGAAGGUGGCGCUUGGAGAGGCCUCUGUCCCGAGCGCCCGCUCCCUGGAGGCCGAGCGCGUCAGGCCCGCGGCCGUCGUGGUUGAGAGCGGGCCUGUGUCGUACCACGCGGAGGAGGACGCGGAGGAGGAGGACGUGGAGGAGGAGGACGGAGAGCCCUGCGUCAGCGCCCUGCAGAUGAUGGGCAGCAACGAUUACGGCUGUGACGGGGACGAUGACGAUGGCUACUGAGGCGACCUCACGUCCGGCACGUCCGCUGGUGGCCCCGCCACCGGCUCCUGAGGGUCCCACGGCCUCAGGUGAGCCCCUGGUGAGCACCGAGACUUGGUGACAAGAUGGGCGCCCCGCUGCCCGGCGGCCCUUGCGCACAGCUGCCCGCGAUCUCGUGGCCUCGCUGUUGGGACCCUGAUGCGAGCAACGUGAGGAGUGUAUCUGUCUCUCGGCAGAGCUGGGUCUCUUGCCCCAGGAACCCUUGCCGGUGGCUCUGCUGCGUCCUGUGGAGAGAAACUGCGGCCCAGGGAGUCCCAGCCACGUGUCCAGGCUUGUGGAGGCCUGUCGGGGUCCAGACCCUGCUCUGCCCCGGGGGCCGGGAGCCUGCGCCCCUCGCCACCUCACUGCGUCUGAGAAGCACUUUGUGUCCAGCUGACGCCCAGCCAGGCCCUCCCCGCUGUGCCCGGGCCUGGGCGCCCCGCAGACGUGCACCAAGGAGCCCACAGCCCGUCCGGCCCCGCGGGGUGGCCAGCACCACUCAGCAGAUGCGGGCGCAGCCGUCUGGGCACCUCCUGCCUGAGCUGCACCUGGGUCCCUGUCCUCAGAGGCGUGACCGGCAGAGGCUCUCUGCUUGGCGGCACUCGGAACCUCCUGGGCCAGCCUCACUACUGGAAGGCCCAGAGCACUUGCCCUGGCCUUGGGCAUGGCUGUGCGGGGGACGCCCACGAGGGGUCCACAGAGGCUUCCGCUCCUCCAGGCCAGCCUCGGCCACCCACCUCUCACGGUGGCAGAGCCACAGCAACCUGCCCCCGGGGGCUCAGCCCCCAUCUGGGGUGGGCAGGCCCCGUGGUGUCCACCCCAGAGGGCAUCACGGCUCACGGGGGGAUUUCAAGGCCCUCGCUGUGCCCCUCGGCCGGGACCCCAGGGCACCAGGCAGGCUGGAGUGGAAGGUUGGCUGGUGAAACAGGAAGAUGGUUGCUUGAGCUGAAACCUGCUGAGUGUGUGGUCUGCAGCCCUGUCCGGCUCCCUGGAGGAGCGAGGUUGGGGGCAGUGCGGGGUCUCCAGGCUCCACAGGUGCCCGGUUGUCAGCUGGGGAACCGGUGACUGCCCACCCUCACACGAAGGCCCUGGGCCCCGCACGGGGAGCAGGUGCUGUGCUGGACCGGAGCCUGGGAGCCUCCGGGGGCGGGGGGCUGGCGGCCGCGGGGGUGGCCGGGCCGCGCCUGCCGUGUUCUAGACACAGAGGUCUGGCUGGAUGCUUCCCCGGGAGGUAGACGGGGCCGUCCUGCAGGGCUUCCUUCACAAAGGAGGGGCUGAUGACCGGCCUGCAGAGGUGAGGCUGCUGAGCCAGGGGCGGGGGAGCGGGCUGAGCACGUCCGGGGAGGAGAAAGCGCGGGGCAGCUGCCGGGCGAGGCACAGGGUGCGGAGGCCCCGUCCCCAGCUGCGCCCACUCAGGUUGAGGUCAGCAGGGUCCUCCAUGGGGCCUCGCUCGAGCAGGGCGUGCGACUGGCCACCAGGGCCCGCACGGCCUCGGGAGCGGCUGCCUCCUCCAGCAGGAGGCCAGGGCUCCCCAGGCCCCCUGCCUGCCCCUCCUGAGGGUGUCCUGCUCUCCCUGUCAGUCUUGCUUUCCCAGCUCAUCCCCCAGCAGCCUGGGGGGGCGGAGGAGGGCUGGCCAGGAGAGGACUGCACGGCCUGCACACCCAUAGGUGCACACGCGUGCACGGACACGCCGGUGCCAUUCACGCCGCUCCACCCGUGGCCCUGGGGCCACCGUCAGGGUGCCGGGUCCUGGGCUCUGACGAGACCCAGGCCCACCCCCAGCGGGGCUGAGCUCUGGGGUCCAAGGCCUGAUGGUGCCUCGGGCACCCUCACAGGGCCCCCGUGACAGGGCCGCCCGCCGCCCACAGAGGACACAGCGCCUGCUGGCACCUGGUCCACGCCGCGCUCCGUGACCUCGCGCCCUUCCCGCCCCUCUGGGCCACAGAGUCUGGGCCACGGGUGCCAUUCCCGGCGGGACUGUGUGGGCCACGGCGUCGUGCCACUUGCUGCCUCAGGCCCCCCAAGAAGGGGGGCAGGCCCGAGACACCCCCGGUGCGCGCAGGUGGCAGGGAGCCCCCUCCCGAGCCGGCCUGCCCAGGCCCCGGCCUGCACACCUGCCCCCUCCCAGCGGCUCCCCACGCCCUCCUGGCUCCCAUGGUUGUGUCCAGGUGGGUCAGGCUUCCAGAUGGGCAGCAGAGUUGGUGGCUACCUGUUGCCACCACGGCCUCUGCAGGCGCUGGGGGGUCACUCUGAGGGAGGGGCGGCUUCAGGGGGGCCCCUGAGAACCAGGGUCCCUGAUACCCCUCUGCUAGAGCCCAGCCUGAGCGCCCACUGUGCCCUGCCAACUGGCAGCCGCACAAAUGCUGCUUCCACGGCCCAGCGCUGGGCGAGGUGCAGGCCAGCCCCCCGUCUUGCUGCCCCGGACCGAUGCCCUCCUCCCAUCCAGCUCUUGCCCUCCCCAAGCCCCUUUGCUGUCUCCACACCCCGGUCCUCCAUCCGUUUCUCAGCAGGCUGGAGCGCUGGCCAAGUGAGGCUGCAAGUCUGGGACCGGGAGGGGGCUCCUGUCCCCCCUGGGCUGAGGGGGCCCCGGGAGGGCGAGGACGUUCAGGCCUGGGGUCACCAGGGGGUGGAUUCGCCCACGCUGCCUCAAGGGGCCCAGCCCCACGGCCAUCUCUGCCCGGCCACCCUCAGGCUGCCAGGCAAGUGCCUAGCUUCUGCCUCCCAGGCCCCAGGUGGGGUCCAGCACAGACCCUGGGGACGCUGCUCCCGGCACAAUAAAGGCUGCCUUUGAAGCCGCGA